UAGCUGCAGCAUGGAUCUAAACUGUACUACUGGCCUACUGGAAAAAGAAGCUCGGAGAAGGAGAAUUAUUCUAAGUCAGAGUCAAAGGGACACUCUUCAUGUGUGGUUUGAAAAGAAUCCCAAUCCUGAUUUAGCUACCAGGGGACAUCUGGCUAAGGAACUCGGCAUCUCUGAGUCUCAAAUUAUGACUUGGUUUCAAAAGCACAGAAAAAUACAGAAGCAAGCAGAGUUUGCAUGUUGCUCUGAAGAAAGCCAAGAGCAGGAACAGGAUAAACCUAGAGUUAAAGAAGCUAGAAGGAGCAGAACGCAUUUCACAAAGUUCCAGACUGAUAUUCUAAUUGAAGCUUUUGAGAAGAAUCGAUUCCCUGGGAUCGUUACCAGGGAAAAACUGGCUCAACAAACAGGCAUCCCAGAAUCCAGAAUUCAUAUAUGGUUUCAGAACCGGAGAGCACGGCACCCAGACCCAAGACAGAGCACUCGGGCAACUCCUCAUCUGCCCCAGAGCAGCCAAUGCCCUGCCCAGAAGACUGCUGGUCAACUCACUCCUUCCAAAGCUCUCACCAGCAGCGGUUCAACUAUACUGCCUCUUUCUCCACCCCAUACGCCAAAUGGUCCUUUGGAUCUCUCUAAGGGCCAUCAGAAGCAGUUACCAGGGACCACAGUACUACAACCCUCCCAGGUUGGGCAGCAAGGGGGUGAUGAUCAAAAUCCCUCGUUGUCUAUUGGUCACUUAUCACCGGUAAAAACUCCAGGAGAGGAGGGCUUCCAUACUCAGCCUCCUUUACGGCUCCUAAUCCAAAAAGGAGGGCAUAAUCCGAGUGAGAACAGUGGUCUGGCUGAACUCUCCUCAGAAGAUUCUAUUCAGGUUCCAACUGUCAAGCACCACCUCUUGAAACUGGACCAAAAGGAUUCUGCCUUUCUUCAACAUUGGGAUGAAUGGUUCCUAUCCAUGCUUGCUGAUUGGGUGCCUGACAAUGAAUACUGGUCUGAGAAACCUGAGCCGCUUCCGCAGCAGGUGCAGAGUGUGUCUCGUCAAGCUGACCAAACUCCAAAGCAGUACGUUUAAGCCUCAAGCCUUUUCUGUUUCAGCAAAGGAGCUCUUCUUUCUGCAUCCACGUCUCCAUGGGUAUUCCUGUACAUGGCUUGGAGAGCUUCUCAGGAGAGUUUCAGGUUCUUCACGUGGGGAGAAGUACAUCAGUGACUCGGAUUCAGGAGAACCUGCCCUUGGGUGUGAAGUCAGUGGAUAUAUUGAAGAAUAGGUCUGCAGAAUUAUGGAACAAGUUCAAGUUAGCAUGUGCAUAAACCACAUGGACACACAAAGGGAGCAAUUGUUUUUAUUCUUAUUUAUUCUUGAGAUCUGAUCUCGUUGAUAUUUUGGCUGGUUUUGAGCUCCUGUGCUUGUCAGUCCCCUGCCUCAGCUU